AUGUCCGACGCCUCGCAGGAGUGGAAGCUGUUGUGGUGUGUCACGCUGGUGGCAGUGCUCUCGACGUGCCAAGUGCACGGGAGAAGCAGGAGAGCGAUAGACGGUGAUUCAGGGGCGCAAGCUCCAUUCGAGGGAUAUGUUUACAACCCCCCGCAGAAACAAUUCACUCUACCGCCAGCGCGGGAGCAGACAACGCAACCGCCGUACAGGCCUCCGGUGACUCAGCCCCCGUACAGGCCUCCAGUGACUCAGCCCCCGUACAGGCCUCCAGUGACUCAGCCUCCGUACAGGCCUCCAGUGACUCAGCCUCCGUACAGGCCUCCAGUGACGCAGCCACCGUACAGGCCUCCAGUGACGCAGCCACCGUACAGGCCUCCAGUAACGCAGCCACCGUACAGGCCUCCAGUGACGCAACCUCCGUACAGGCCUCCAGUGACUCAACCGCCCCAGCAACCAGGAUACUCCUAUCCAAAACCAAGCGAAACUUUCCCAACCCCAACAAGGGUGCCGCCACCAACAACUCCCAGACCAACUACACCAUUCGUUGAACGCACGACACCGAGACCUACCACCCCAAGGCCUCGUCCGCCAACGCAGCCGCCCCAGCAGCCGGGAUAUUCAUAUCCAAAACCAAGCGAGAGUUUUCCGCCCACAACAAGGGUUCCGGUAACUCAGCCUCCAUACAGGCCUCCAGUAACUCAGCCUCCAUACAGGCCUCCAGUAACUCAGCCUCCAUACAGACCUCCAGUGACUCAACCACCCAAACAACCCGGCUACUCGUACCCUAAACCGAGCGAAACUUUCCCACCGUCAACGAGGGUGCCUCCACCAACUACACCAAGACCUACCACUCCAAGACCACCUCCUCCAACUCAGCCAAGGACAACUCCAAGGCCACGUCCCCCAACUCAGCCACCUCAGCAGCCCGGGUAUUCAUACCCAAAGCCAUCUCCAACUUUUCCCCUUCCUUCUAAAGUUCCACCACCCCCACCCCCUCCACCAACAACACCGAGGACCGUGCAGACGAGUCCUCCGUACAAUUAUCCAAGACCGGAGCAGCCCUUCCCACCUACAGGGAGACCACCAGUGAAGACUCCACCCCAAUAUAUUCCUCCUGAAUACACUGCUCCAUCGCGUCCACAGCCUGCUACAAGACCUCCUCCGACUAGACCUCCUCCUACAAGACCUCCUCCUACUAGGCCCCCAACAACAACUUCACCUGAGUAUCUUCCUCCCGCGAGAACCACUCCACGUCCACAACCUGUUCCGACCAGACCUCCCCCUACAAGGCCACCUCCAGUUACUCAACCACCCCCCACAAGACCUCCUCCUACUAGACCACCAACAACAACUUCACCUGAAUAUCUUCCACCCGUGAGAACCACUCCACGCCCACAACCUAUCCCAACCAGACCUCCACCUACUAGACCUCCACCUACUAGACCUCCCCCUACUAGAUCCCCAACAACAACUUCCCCCGAAUAUCUUCCUCCCGCGAGAACCACUCCCCGCCCACAGCCUAUCCCCACCAGACCUCCGCCUACUAGACCCCCUCCGACUAGACCUCCACCCCCAACAUCCCCUGAAUACCUCCCUCCCGCCCGAACAACUCCUCGCCCACAGCCUAUCCCCACCAGACCUCCUCCUACUAGACCUCCACCCACUAGACCUCCACCUACUAGACCAACAACGGCUUCACCUGAAUACCUUCCUCCCCCAACGAAACCUCACUUCGAAACCCCAAAAACCAAUCCACCCAAAUACCUCCCCCCUGUUGAAAAUAAAGAGAUCAUGCAAAUUGGCAGAAGAGUGAAAUUCAUUUUAUUGGUCGAAACUGAUGAGAUUCAUGAUUGGGAACGUUAA